AAACAGAGGGGGCCCCCGAUGAUUGUAUUUCCUUGAGGCAGGGCUCAUUCAUUAUAUAAAAGGCCAGCUGGCCCGUUGACUUCACAACCGACUGGAGCAACCAGACAAUCUGUUCUUCUCUGUGGACUAGGUUCAGCCUCCUUUGAAGCAUGAGUUCCCACCAGCAGAAGCAGCCCUGUGUCCCACCUCCACAGCUUCAGCAGCAUCAGGUGAAACAGCCCUGCCAGCCUCCUCCCCAGGAACCAUGCAUCCCCCAAACCAAGGAGCCGUGCCACACCAAAGUGCCAGAGCCCUGCCACCCCAAGGUUCCGGAGCCCUGCCACCCCAAGGUUCCGGAGCCCUGCCACCCCAAGGUUCCGGAGCCCUGCCACCCCAAGGUUCCGGAGCCCUGCCACCCUAAGGUUCCGGAGCCCUGCCACCCCAAGGUCCCGGAGCCCUGCCACCCCAAGGUUCCGGAGCCAUGUCCUUCACCAGUCGUCCCAGGGCCAGCUCAGCAGAAGACCAAGCAGAAGUAAUGUGGUCCACAGCCGCGCCUUUGAGGAACUGACCACCAGCUGCUGAAUCUCCUCCAUCUGCUUCUGUUGCCCCGUUUGCAGUUAGUGUGCCGUCACCCUGAAUUAUAACCCCUACUUCUUUGUAUCCUGUAAAAAGCUUCCCUCACAUUCAGUCUGGAGGGUUCCUGAGCUUCCGAAUCAGGUUGAAAAGCUCACUGGCUGAGCUAGUCUUCCGGCUGCUCAGGGCUCAUCUGAAGAAGGAUGUUGGGGUUGGGGGAAUCAAGUGCAUCUUCCCUGCUCUGCCCCCAUUAAAUAUGUUUAACUCGA